CUGUCCCCUCUCGUCCCUGGGAGUGUGGGCUGGGCUGUCUCGGGGCUUCCGUGGGCCCGGCCUCUCCCACUUCGGGAGGAAAAAGCAGGGGAAGCCCCCGGUGCCUGCUGCCUCUGGAGAGCCGCGGAGCCCCCGGCCGGGUAGGCGCUGAAGACGAGCCCGGGCGGGGCCCCGGUGCGUCGUGCCUGUCGCCGUCCGUGUCCGGAGCGGCGGCCCGCGCCCGCCCGCUCGGCGCCCCGGGCCCCCCGCCCCGGGCCGUGGGGGCCCCACCCUGCCGGGCGUGGGCGACGGCCGGCGGGGGACGAGAGGAGCAGCCGUCGCGGGGCCUCGCCGCGGCCUCCAGCGCGCCAGCCCCGGGGAAUGCAGUGGCCCCCGGCCCCUGGCGCCUCUCCGUGUCUGGGCUGGGCCUCCUCGCUCACCUGCUCCGCGGCCACGACGCUCCUGAGCCGCGCCAGCCGGGCCCACCUCAUGGCGGCCAAGUGGUUCAAGGAGUUCCCCCUGAACCUGAAGACCGUGUCGGAGCGGGCCAAGCCCGGCGGCGGUGCGGGCGGCAAACUGCGCAAGAACUCGGAGGCGGGCGGCGCGGGGCCGACCCCGGGCAAGGGCCGCAAGAACUCGGCGGCCGAGCCGGGGAGCGGCAGGGCCGGCGUCGGCGCCCCCAAGGACAGCCGGCUGUCCCGGGACAGCCUGCAGGGUCUGAUUCAGGCCGCCGCGGGCAAGGGCCGCAAGAACUCCCGGGCCACCGAGGACGAGCCCCACCGGGGCGCGGCCAAGAGCUCGGGCUGCAGCACCUACAUCAGCAGGCUCAUCAAGGUGGACACUCAGGAGAAGAACGGGAAGGGCAGCUACCCCGGCGGCGGCGGCAGCAGCAGCAGCAGCAGCAGCAGCAGCAGCAGCUCUUCCUCGGCGUCCUCUUCCCCUUCCUCCCUGGGCCCUGAACUGGACAAGGGCAAGAUGAUUAAGCAGCAAGACACGGUCAUCAUUUUAGAAGACUAUGCUGACCCUUAUGACGCCAAACGGACAAAAGGCCAAAGGGAUGCAGAGAGAGUAGGAGAGAAUGACGGUUACAUGGAACCCUAUGAUGCUCAGCAAAUGAUAACAGAAAUUAGACGCCGGGGUUCCAAAGAUCCCCUGGUGAAGGCUCUUCAGCUGCUCGACAGCCCCUGUGAGCCGGGGGAGAACGGCAUGAAACCAGAGACGCUGGCCAAGAGACGCAGUUCCAAGGAUCUACUGGGGAAGCCUCCUCAGCUGUAUGACACCCCCUACGAGCCCGCCGAGGGAGGCCCCAGGGCCGAGGGGAAGGUGCGGCCGCCGGACAGCCACAGCCGGCUGCCCCAGGACGAUGAGAGGCCUGCGGCCGAGUACGAGCAGCCCUGGGAGUGGAAGAAGGAGCAGAUCGUGCGGGCUCUGUCAGUUCAGUUUGAAGGCUCUGAGCGACCUUCCAUCAAGGAGGAGACGGUGAGGCAGCACCACCGACAGAAGAGCUGGACCCAGAAGAUCUUGAAGCCAGCCCUCUCUGACCACAGUGAGGGUGAAAGGGUGGACCCAGCCCUGCCGCUGGAGAAGCAGCCUUGGUAUCAUGGUGCCAUCACCCGCGCUGAGGCCGAGAGUCGACUACAGCCCUGCAAAGAAGCUGGUUACCUGGUUCGAAAUAGCGAGUCAGGGACCAGUAGGUACUCCAUUGCACUAAAGACUAGUCAAGGAUGUGUCCACAUCAUAGUGGCACAAACCAAAGACAACAAGUACACACUGAAUCAGACGAGCGCUGUCUUUGACAGCAUCCCCGAAGUGGUACACUAUUAUUCCAACGAGAAGUUGCCUUUCAAGGGGGCAGAACACAUGACCUUGCUCUACCCCGUGCACAGCAAGCUGCACUAAGGUUCAGCCACCAAAAGCCCCGGCCAGGCCUCUCACACCGAAGAGGGCGUCAAAAUUCGACCAGCAUCUCAGGGGACAAGGCUGGACUGUGCCUUAAUAAUUGGUAGGAAGUGAGAGUCUUCAUUGAGAAGUCAAAAAGUCUUUGGCCUUGAAUCCAUUCCAUGACACCUGGUUACUGACCUGUCCAUUUUCUCUUUGCUAAGCAGUUCUACAAUAAGAAAUCAUAACUUACUCAUGGCCUCCACUCUCUGGAGUAGGGUGUUCUCUUUGGGGUGUGACCUUCAGGAAAGGUAAGUCAGGAGUUCAGGAACAUUCAGGUUCUCCGGAAAUGUGCUAGUUGUUACCUGGAAUACCUAGUCUCCAAACAAACCAACAAAAAAUCACUUGGCUUUUACAUAAGAUGACAAAAAAAGAUCAUGUGCACCAGAAGAGCAUAUAAUAUCAGACCCCUUCUUGGGGAAAUGGAAGACCAGUGGAAAAUAAGUGAAUAGUGGGGACCGUGAAGAAAGCUCUCUCUCCCUCUCUCGAGUGUCCUUGUUCAGCUCUAGCAUCCAUGAAAAUUCACAAAUUUAGGGUCUGGCAAAAGGAUUAUUUUGUUGGUCAGCCUUCUGAGAGAGUGUGUGUUUUCUCAGUCUCUGUGGACUUGUUCAUCAUUUUGCAGCAAAUCAGUAAUAUAAGCAUAAAUAGGAAGGAAAUGCCCCUGAUUUAAGAAUCACCAAUAUACUUAAGCAUUGGCAUUAUUACUAUGAUUCUGAAUUACAGAAUAAAAUACACAGCACAGAUUUCAUUUCUGAUUUUUAAAAAAUCUGAAAAUUUACAAAGCUCAAACUGUUAUCUUACUGGGUAAUUAUACAGGACUUCAGAUAUCUUUUGUGUUGUCUUUGUGCAUUUUAGUUGUUAUGGAACCUUUUUUUAUUUUUGUCCCUAAAAUUAGAUUUGUUAUGUAUUUUUAGAGUAAAUUAAAAAUAUAUAUAUAUAACUCUAGGAUCUCAUUAUAUGAACUGGGUCUCUAAAGCCUGCAAAUUUCUCUCAUGCUGUACAAAGCAGACCGGUUCACACUAUAUAAAAAUAUUUUAAAAGACUGAGGUUUUCUCUAACUACUAUUGCUUAAGAUAUUAAAUUAAUAUUCAUAAUAUUGUUAUCUUUAUGAUUUAUCGUGAACUGAUAUCACCACUUUACUGUGAAAAA